UGAGGCUCUGCGGGGCGAGGCCUGGUCCCCGCAGCCGUCUCGCGGACUCCGAGCCUGGAGGCCUCUACUUUGGUCACGGUGUCCUUGCACCUCCGCUGCGCGUUGCCCAGUGUGGUUUCCUGUGGGAACCACAGGGAAGCUCUUCUUCCUGCUUGGCUUCUACCUUUAACCCGUGGGAAUACCCCCAGAUACAUCGAAACUACAAUCCAGUCCCAAGAGAGCAAGGCCGAGAAAGAGGUCAAGAUGGGGUUUAUAUUUUCAAAAUCUAUGAAUGAGAACAUGAAAACCCAACAGGAGUUCAUGCUUAUGAAUUCUCGACUUCAGGUAGAAGAAUGACCCCCUAAAGAUGUCCACACCCUAAUCCCUGAAACCUGUGAAUGUAUUACCUUAUACGGCAAACGGACUUUGCAGAUGUGACUGUGGGAACAGACCUUGAGCUGGAAAGGCAGCUAACCAUGCAGAAUGAAAUGAGAGAAAGACAAAUGGCUAUGCAGAUUGCUUGGUCUCGGGAAUUCCUCAAAUAUCUUGGAACUUUUUGUGGCAUUGCAGCGGUCUCUUUAACAGCUGGAGCAAUUAAAAAGAAGAAGCCCGCCUUCCUCUUCCCUAUCGUUCCAUUAGGCUUUGUCCUUACCUACCAGUAUGACAUGGGCUACGGAACCCUUAUACAAAGAAUGAAAGGUGAAGCCGAGAACAUACUCGAAACAGAAAAGAGUAAGUUGCAGCUGCCAAAAGGAAUGAUCACUUUUGAAAGCCUUGAAAAAGUAAGAAGGGAACAGAGUAAAUUCUUCAUAGACAAAUGAAAUCAUGUUUACCCACCAGAUCUCAAAACAAAGAAUUGUUGACUUGAAUCAUGGCCUUUACAAUUUUUUAAAUGCUUGAGAUUUUGAUAUAAUGGAUUUUAUUUUAAAAUAUUAAAAUUCAAAAUGAACUUUGUUAAAUUAUUUUAAAAUAAAAUUUGUAACAUUCAACACAAAAUCAUGAAGGUACUCUAAAUAAUUUUUAGAUUUCCUAUAUAUGUGUGUAUAUCACAAACAUAUAAAUGUAAAAUUAAUAAACUAUCUUGUUUUGAAUUUCUGGAA